AUGGCAAGCGCAGCAGCAGAAUGGGACACUGUGGGCACAUUUCUCACACUCGGAUACAUCAUUGUGGACAAGCAUGCCCCCAAGAUGGCAAGAUUUGUCGUUCGCAUGCGCCAGGGCGCUGGGAGAGAAAGCAUAUCGGACGCUGAACAGGGAACUGCGAACGAGGAACUUCAAACUGUGCUCUCAAACACAGGUGUAAACAUAACCGCCAGGGUCGUUACUCAAGCGCAGCUAGAUGCGAUGACUGCACAGACAAGGCUUGUGCCUCUUCCUGAUGAACAGCCCGGAGACAUCGAUCUAGACGAGUUCACUUUAGCUUAG